AAUCCAAACAGGAAGACGCGCAAUUUAAUAAACGCAGAAAAAGAGAGGUAAGAAGGUGUGGCCUCUCUUUCGUCCCACUUCGAGCUUCCGAUUGCUCUUUCUUUCGCCAUGGUCGAAUCCUCCUUCCAUCUCCUCGCCUUCCUCCUCGUCCUCUCCCCCGCCGCCUGCCUCGCGCACGUCCGAUCCGCCGCGCAGCCUCUCUGUCCUCGGUCGGACCUCGCCUUCCUCAGUCACCUCGAAUAUCAAUGUCUACCUUCGAUCGACCUCUCUCCACCUGUGGAGGUGAGUGGAGAGAUUCUAGAGAAAGAACUUGGUUCCGGCAAGAAAAGUGCUUAUUUUUCUGUUCUCUUCUAUGCAUCAUGGUGUCCAUUUUCACACAGCCGUCGACCUACCUUUGAUGCUCUUAGCUCGAUGUUUCCUCAAAUAAAACACUUCUUAGUUGAAGAAUCAUCAGUCAUGCCCAGUGUCUUCUCAAGAUAUGGUAUUCACAGUUUUCCUGCUUUAAUGUUGAUAAAUGGGACAACAAGGCUUCGGUAUCAAGGGUCAAAUGACCUAACCUCAUUAGUCUAUUUCUACAAGAGAACUACAGGUCUAAGCAUGGCCUCUUGCGAACAUAGCUUGGAUCCAGUCAUGCUUCCGGAGAUAGAUCUGGCUGGUUCAGGAAGGGUUAGGACCCAAGUACUCCAAGUUGAAUCUGCAAGGGAGUUGAUAACUAAGGAACCUUACUUGGCAUUUAGUGUUCUUUUCAUCUUUCUGAGAAUGAGCAUAUGCAUCAUCUAUGCGAUAUACACCCGUGUGAAAGCCUUUUGUGUCUCACACGCCUGGCAUCUGAACUUGAGGUUUCUUUGUGAGUCGAGCCAUUUGUUGGAGCAGGUGCUGCAUUUGGUCGAUGUCAAAAGGUUAUGCCGCAAUCUUAGACUUUGCAAUCGGACUAGGAACCUCCGAAAGGGGGCGAAUAAUGCACGGGUCUGGGCGUCUUCCCUUGCUUCUGUCUCCCUCGGCGAGCCAUCUACUUCAAAACUAACCCCUACUGACCCACAAUAAUCUCUUUUGAUUUAUGGUAAUGUUCCCCAUACUUUAUAGAGUUAUGUAGAUAGGGAUGUGGGAUCAUAUGAGAAGCAAAAUCCCAUGUAAAUUUUUGGAUAUGUUAUAUCAUAUGUAUACUGUAUAUGAUUUCACUGCGGCAUUUCAACAAAAUGCAAUCUGUAGCUGUAUCUUUUUUGCUUGUA